CACCGUUGAAUGCUCUCGUCUGCUCUUCUAAUUCCUACCAUCUGGAAUCCCACGCCGCGUAUUCCUAAUUCUUAAUAGCGCACCCGACCAUUGCCUGGGAGACAUGAAAGCGGAUUCCACUUGCCACAUGUUGACUGUUUAAAACCACUGUCGCCGCUGCAACGGGCUGCCGCAAGUAGAGGCAACGGGGCCUUACUUCCACAAGACCAUACGUUACGUAUAUAAAAAUCCGGCUGAAGAACAUGGCUAUACGUCAGAACGUGGCGCCGAAUACAGCAGCGACGGCGGCCCCGGAAUCCUCUCCCCUCCCUCCAACGCUUACGCGACACGCACCCAUAACUAUCGCUGUCGACCCAGUCGCACUCGUUAUAACAGAAUGCAUCACCGUUACCUCUGCUAUGCGCAAGCACCCAUGGUGGGCCCAAUCCUCUGUUUCUGCCAUCCUCGGCGGGGGACCGAAUCAGGCUUUACCUCUGGACACCAACACACGCAGGGUCGUUGCUCCCGUGAUCCAGGACGAAGACGACGGAGGUUGGAGAUGGGGCAGCAGGAGCAAGAGGGGGAAAGAGGUCAAAGACAAUCCGCUCAUCGCUGCAUUCACAAAGCUACGAAGCGACUUGAGGGCAUGUAAGGAUAUAAAGAGCUUUGACACGCCCAGCCUGCUACACCCUUUCUUGCAGGUAAUCCGCAGCAGCUCGACGAGUGCUAGCAUCACAUCGCUGGCACUGAUAGCGGUCACCAAAUUCCUAUCGUACGGCGUUAUUGGAGGAGAUUCACCAAGGCUGUCUCCCGCAAUGCAGCUGCUCGCCGCAGCUAUAACGCACUGCCGGUUCCCACCGAGUCAGCAAAAUGCCGCGGACGAAGUGGUAUUUAUGCGAAUACUCAAGCUGAUGGAAGCUCUGAUCUCAGGGCCUGUGGGUGACAUUCUUAGCGACGAGAGUGUGUGCAGUAUUAUGGAGGCAGGCUUGAACAUGUGUUGUGACCCUAUGCGGACGCAACUGCUACAGCGUAGCGUGGAAAUUAUGAUGGUCAGCAUGUGUCAAGUCAUUUUUCAGAGGCUAAAGUACUUGGAGUGGGAGGCUGGGGAUGAGCCCGGCGCUUUGGAUGAUCAAACCAGAGCUACCAUGGACAGCGUGAAGAUGGAACCUGCAUCUUCCAGUGUGUCAGCUAAUACCAAUGGUAGCCAAACCACACUCGUUGCAGAUGGUGUCGAGACCAAUGGCAGUGCGAAACCAUCUCUAGACGGGCCGGAACGUGAAAAGGCGCCGUUGCUGGGCACGGAGAAAGCUCCCCAAGAUCCAUCUAGCAGUACACUUGACUUGACUGCCGGUGUGGCAGAAUCGGGUGAAGAUGAUGGACAUAUCAAACCCUAUUCCUUGCCUUCGAUCAAAGAGCUCUUCAGGAGUUUAGUGGAUUUGUUGGAUCCUAAUGCGAAGGAAUAUACGGAUACACAUCGUGUCAUGGCACUCCGCAUGGUAAACGUUGCUCUUGAAGUUGCAGGACCGUCUAUUGCAAGCCAUCCGAGCUUAGCGUUCCUAGCCAAGGACACUUUGUGCAGGCACCUGUUCCAACUAGUGCGGUCUGAAAAUAUGGCGGUACUUAGUGAAUCAUUGCGAGUUGCUGUCACACUUAUCGCAACAUGUCGGUCGGUUCUCAAGCUGCAGCAGGAGCUCUAUCUGGACUAUCUAGUUUCGUGCUUGUAUCCACGAGCAGAGAUACCUCAUGAUCCCAACAUUGACCCCAGACUCUACGAAGGUGUUCCUUUAGCACCAAGCUCCAUCAAACCUAUCCCAUCACUGCAACAAAAUAGCAGUGGACGCUCUACUCCUGUACCCGUCAAGGACAGGGCACGGCUUGGUCUCGAAGGCGGGGCGCGCAAACCAGAUGCGAAAGAAGCCAUGGUGGAGAGUAUCGGUGCUCUGGUUAGGUUACCUGGUUUCAUGACUGAAUUGUUCGUCAACUAUGACUGCGAAAUUGACAGGCAUGACUUGUGCGCAGACAUGGUGGGCUUGCUGUCACGAAAUGCAUUCCCAGAUGCUCAUGUCUGGAGCACAACCAACGUGCCGCCAUUGUGCCUAGAUGCUCUAUUAGGCUUUGUCCAGACGAUAGAUGAUCGACUGGAUGAUCCGCCAGUCACGGAAGGCCUCCCGUCCUUGGAGAAACUACGGCAACAACGAGACUUGAAGAAAAUCAUCAUUCGUGGGACGAACAAGUUCAACGAGAAUCCAAAAGCAGGCAUUGCAUUCCUCGGAAAGGAAGGAGUCAUUGAGAAUGUCGAUGACCCUACGCAUAUCGCUCGCUUCGUCCGAAGCACCGCACUUGUUGACAAGAAGACUCUAGGCGAAUUCUUGACGAAACGAGAGAACGAGCGAAUUCUUGUCGCCUUCAUUGACCUCUUUGAUUUCAGCGGCAAAACAGUGGAAGAGAGCUUGCGCGAAAUGCUGUACACUUUCCGCCUGCCAGGCGAGUCGCAGUUAAUCGAGCGCAUUAUCACGGUAUUCAGCAAGAAAUAUAUCGAAGAUGGAAAUCACGAUAACAUCGCAAAUGCUGACUGCGUCCUUGUACUUUGCUACGCAAUAAUCAUGCUGAACACGGAUCAGCACAACCCUACACUAAGCAAACAGAAACGAAUGGCACCCGAAGAUUUCAUGCGCAACCUGCGAGGCACAAACGGAACUGAUGAGGAAGGCAAACCAAAAGAUUUCGACCCAGAAUACCUGCUGAAUAUAUUCACAAGUAUUAAGACGAAUGAAAUCAUUUUGCCAGAAGAGCACAACAACAAGAACGCAUACGACCAUGCCUGGAAGGAGUUGUUAGUCAAGAUUCAGUCAGCAAGUGAUUUGACAGUGUGUAACACGAAUAUUUUCGACGCGGAUAUGUUCGCCGCGACAUGGCGACCUAUCGUUGCUACCCUGUCCUACGUAUUCAAGUCUGCGAGCGAGGACGCGGUUUUUUCGCGAGUGUUCAUUGGAUUUGCACAAUGUGCACACAUAGCAUCUCGACACGGGAUCACCGCUUGUCUAGACCAGAUUGUGUUCUCUCUAAGCAGCAUCAGCACUCUGGCGCCGAAUCUCCUGCCCAGUACUAGCCUGAACACAGAGGUUCCGACUGAGGACGAUAAGCGUAUCAUGGUCAGCGAGACGGCGGUACGUUUUGGACGUGACGACAGAGCUCAACAGGCCGCAGUCAUGUUGUUCCGCGCACUUGAAGGCAAUGAAGACUUCCUUCGAGAUGGAUGGGAGCACAUCGUCAAAAUUAUGCUCAAUCUCUUUGUCAACUCACUGAUUCCUGCUCAUUUCAAAGCAAUCUCCACAAAUGAGUUUGAUCUCCCACCUAUUCCGCUGCAUCCACCCGCGGCAGUAGUUGAUCGUGAGCAGAGACAAGCUGAAGGUGGUUUGCUUUCUGCGCUUUCCAGUUACGUGUCAAGCUUCGCGAAUGACGAGCCCCCAGAGCCAAGUGAGCAGGAGAUUGAAAACACGCUCAGUGCGGUGGACUGCAUAUCGGAAUGCCAUUUUGAAGACUUGAUACGACGGAUCGGAACAUUAUCCGUGGAGAGUCUGAGGUCACUUGUUGACACGUUGCUUAGCCAGAUUCCAGAGGACAGCAGCCCAAGGGUCAUUGUUGUCAAGAGCGAGAAUGUACCUCCACUAUCUCCACGACCGGUAAACAAACGAAAGGCGAACGCCCCGACCUACGAUCCAACGCUGGUUUGGGUUCUUGAGCUAAGUACAUUGCUGGCCGUACGGGACGCCGCAACAGCUGCAGAAUUGGGCAAGGAUGUGGCAGUCGCACUACAGACAGUUCUAAGAAACGUUGCAGACCUGCACUAUGUGACUGUCAGUAGGCUAGUAUACUACCUCCUCCAACUCUUGCGUGUGAGCGACGAGCAUGAUUUCUUGAGAGCGCCUGUCUUACUUCACGCAUUUGCUGCAUUUGAUGACGAGCUGCUACAGCAUUGCGCAGAACCACUCAUCAAGGGAAUCUCAGAGUGUAUGCACGCAUCUGCGUCACUGCGCAGCGAGAUGGCCACAUCUCCUGACUUUUGGGAUAUUCUGCAUAAACUACAUGCCAUUUCCACAGUUGCGCCGCAUGUUUUCACCGUUCUGGAAGAAAUGGGUAACGCAGGACAAAGUGUCAUCACAGCGGACAAUUAUGAAAAGACGAUCGCAUUGCUUGAUGACUUUGCCACUGCAGCAUCUGUGGGUGCAGUCGAUGAACGGAGACGAGAUGAGGCGCUGAAGCAAAGAGGCAAAGGUUCCAAGAUGCCCAAGCCAAAGCACAGAGACGAGGUUGCACGAGGUUAUCAAGCACUAAGUCUGGUUCACUCAAUGACUGCGCGCGUCCCAUCUUUCAUCCAACAGUCACAUCUAGAACCUGGAGAGGCUUGGACCGCAUACUGGAGCCCUAUUUUCCGUGCCCUUACGAAACAAUGUCUCAACCCCUGUCGAGAGAUGAGACAUCGUGCUUUUGCAAUGCUUCAGCAAACUCUCCUUCACGCCUCACUAGUUCCAGAGGUCGGAGACAGAGACAGGGAGUGGAAAGCUAUUUUUGACGAGAUCCUUUUCCCACUCAUUGGGCAAUUACUUAAACCUGAGGUCGUCGCAACGGAUUUACAGGGCAUGGCUGAGACGAGGAUUCAGGCUGCUCAAAUCUUGUGCAAGGUCUUCUUAUAUUAUAUCGGGGCACUGAGUGAAUGGCCAGGUUUGGUAAAGUUGUGGGCAAAGAUUCUCCAGGUAAUGGAGCGGUUAAUCAAGAGUGGACAAGGUGACACCUUGGAAGAAGCUAUUGCCGAGAACACGAAGAACAUUCUACUUGUGCUCUCGAGCCAGGGCAUCCUUGUCCCGCCAGCAGAAAACAGAGAGCGUGAAGCCCUGUGGAAUGAGACAUGGAAGAGACUUGAUAGAUUUCUUCCGGAUCUUUUUUCUGAAGUAUUCCCCGAGGAGUUGAAAAAGCCGCGAUCUGCGGCGGUGAAGACAUCAUCUGAAUCGUCUGUGUCACAACAGAAUCCAACGCAGACUCGCACGUCUCUGGAAAAGGGGGACGACAAGGAAGUUGAAGGCAGUGAGAAGAAAAAUGAAUCGUGAUGACAAGAGGCUGCUUAUGCGGCUCUUCAUUCUUAUUUAGGUCACAGAAGUCGAAAAGAUAGACGCACCUGUUCGGGCGCAUUUUCUUGCGUUGGCGGCGUGAUCAGCAGUACCGAAUACAGAAAAGAUGGUAGGGAGGAAGAAAGCAGGGAAGAUGCAUCUGUAGUAUACCACCACACAGUCCUAGAUUGGUGUCUCGUCGCUUGGAAAGACUUGCGCUUGGAUCCUUGAGAACAUUCUUCCGUCAACAUGAAAUGCAUCGCUGGCGAACUGCGCGGAAAAAGACCGUGCUGAACAUCGUUAGACAUGGAUCCUGUCUUUUUGCAGUCAUUCUUUAUCCUUCUUAUACUAUGGAAUCCCGUCUAUGG